AUCAUACACCCGCCACGUGAUCGGGGCGCUGCGGCGGGAGGCGGCGGGAUGGCGCGGGGGUGUCGGGGGGUCCCUGCCAUGCUAGCGCUGUGGGCAGCCUCCUGGAGCUGUGCUGCAGGCCUGGCCCUGGAGUGGGACCAGCCAUUCCGCCUGCCCCCCGGCUGGACCCAUACCGGACGCGUGAACCCCAGCCACGAAGUGCAGCUGACCUUCGCCCUCCAUCAGCAAGGCAUGGGGCACCUUGCCUGGCUUGUCAAUGCUGUCUCAGACCCCCACUCGCCACGAUAUGGCCAGCACCUCUCCCUGGAACAGGUGCGGAACCUUGUCCAGCCAUCCCCAGCCACACUCAUGGCAGUGCUGAAGUGGCUGCAAGGACAUGGUGUUGAGAAAUGCAGGAGCGUUAUGACCCUUGACUUCCUGGAGUGCCGCAUGCCAGCGAGCACGGCUGAGCGCCUCCUGCCAGGGGCUGAGUUUCACCACUACGUGAAGGGCCAGCGCAGUGUUGUGCGCUCCCCACUCCCCUACACUGUCCCCGAAGAGCUGGCUGAGCACGUUGACUUUGUGGGUGGUCUGCACCGGUUCCCUGCGGAGAGGAAGGUGGUCAGCAGAGCCUGGGCCAAAAAGGAAACUGAGUCGGGGCAGGACUAUGGAGGGAGAGCGGCUUUCCACCUGGGCGUGACACCUUCCAUCAUUCGUAAGAGAUACAACAUGACAGGAGAAGACAUCGGGCUAUUGCCAAACAACAGCCAGGCCUGUGCCCAGUUCUUGGAACAGUAUUUCCACCAGGCUGACCUGGCUGAGUUUAUGCAGCUCUUUGGCAGCAGCUUUGGACACCGCUCUCAGGUUGACCAAGUGGUUGGGCACCAAGGCAAGGGCAAGGCUGGUCUGGAGGCCAGUCUGGACGUGGAAUACAUCAUGAGCACAGGUGCCAACAUCUCUACAUGGGUCUUCAGCAAUGCAGCGCUGCUGACAGAGCUGGAGCCUGGUGCCAUCCACCAUGACAAUCCUGGAGAUCGGCUGUGCUGCCAGCAAGAGCUCAUGGGAGAGCUCCACACCAGCUGUGCUGUGGAUCUGCUCUCUGCAGGCAGGGCAGGAGCUGGAAGACCUUCAGGGAGGCACGAGAGCCAGGAACCCUUCCUGGCCUGGCUGCUGCUGCUCAGCAACAUGUCAUCGCUGCCUUGGGUGCACUCUGUGAGCUACGGGGAUGACGAGGACAGCCUUUCACUAGCCUACAUGGAGCGUGUAAAUGUGGAGUUCAUGAAGGCAGCUGCCCGGGGCUUGACCAUCUUGUUUGCCUCAGGUGAUGAUGGUGCUGGGUGCAGAAGGGUGCCUGGUGGGAACCACACUUUCCGGCCCAGCUUUCCAGCCUCGAGUCCCUAUGUCACCACCGUGGGCGGAACAUCCUUCAAGAACCCCUUUCUGGUGACUGCAGAGGUGACGGACUACAUUAGCGGGGGGGGCUUCAGCAACGUCUUCCCCAUGCCCGAUUACCAGGCUGCUGCAGUCAGGCGGUUCUUGCACUCGGCCUCGAAGCUGCCUCCCAGUUCCUACUACAACAGCAGCGGCCGUGCCUACCCUGACCUGUCUGCUCUCUCUGACAACUACUGGGUGGUGACAAACCGCAUCCCGCUGCCCUGGGUAUCGGGGACAUCGGCGUCCACACCUGUGGUGGGGGGCAUGGUGGCACUGAUCAACGACCGCCGCCUGCAGCAGGGACUCGCGCCCCUGGGCUUCCUCAACCCCACACUCUACCAGCUGCUGGAGCAGGGGCAUGAUUCUGCAUUCUAUGAUGUCACGGAGGGCUGCCACCUCUCCUGCCUGGACGGCACCGUGCAGGGACAGGGCUUCUGCGCCAGCCCCUCCUGGGACCCGGUCACCGGCUGGGGCACCCCCAACUUCCCCCGCCUGCUGCGGGCGCUGCUGCCGCCCGCGCGGGGCGGGGCCGCCGCGCGCUGACCCGCCGGCGCCAAUAAAGCCGUGUGGAACCA